AUGGUUAGGACACGAGGAAAUAUAUCUAGACGUGGUUCAAAUGAUGCACCCGAGAGUUCCAGACAGGGUGGUGCACGAAAGAGACCGACAGUAUCGGCUCGUAGAAGGGGUCAGCAUGAGGCUAAUGUUGUUGAGGAUGACAUUGUUGAGAAUGAGGUUCCUGAAGUUCCUCGGGAGGACGAGCAGGUCAUUGAUAACGAUGGUGGAGGAUUUCCUGGUGGGCCGUAUGAUACAUCUUUAUUGACGCAGUACCAGGAUCAUGUUGCACGCAUGAUAUGGGAUGGUCAGGAUCGAGCUGUGAAAGUGGUGUCCCAUAUUAAAAAAGUUAAGAAAUUAGGACGUCCUCACCCUGCUGUUGCACCUUUUGUGUUAGCUUCUGGAUUAUCGCCUUUGUGCGACAUUUUAUAUGAAUAUAUCGAUCUUGGGUUAGUAUUGGGUUUCGUGGAGAGAUGGCAUCCCGAGACUAAUACUUUUCAUUUACCCAUUGGGGAGAUGACCAUCACUUUGGAUGACGUAUGGUCACUUCUCCAUCUUUCCAUCAGUGGAAACUUUUGCUCCACUGAAAAUCUUGAAUAUGAAGAUUCUGUUCAGAUUUUGACGACACUUCUUGGUGUUGACCGGGCCAUGGCAUGUGUGGAGCUGAAUCAAAGUCGGGGUGCACAGGUCCAACUGAGCUGGGUGCACGAUAUUUGCUAA